UUUCUUUGUUUUUUUUCAUUUUAUUUAUUUAUUUAUUUAUUCUAAUACUCUCCCUUUUAUAAACGGGGAGAUACAUAAAUUAUUAUUAUGAACGAAAAAAUAGAACUUGCUGAGCAUCAUGAAAUCACAGUGGAUCAUAGUAGUUCCUCUCAACAACAACAAGAAAAAAUCCAAGUAUUUGAACGAUCAUCUGAUUAUGCUUCCUAUACAUCUGAAGAACGACGAAGUCUUCAACAAGGUACCAAACGUGGAUUAUCAGCAAGACAUAUUCAAAUGAUUUCUCUUGGUGGUUCCAUCGGUACUGGUUUAUUCUUAAACUCGGGUCAAAACAUUGCAGUGGCUGGUCCAGCAGGUGCUUUAAUAGCAUAUCUUGUUAUUGGCUUUAUGGUGUUUUGUUUUAUGGUCUGUAUGGGUGAAAUGGCUACUUUUUUACCCGUAUCUGGUUCUUUCAAUCAUUAUGCUACAAGAUUUGUUGAUCCUGCGUUUGGGUUUGCUUUAGGUUGGAAUUAUUGGUUCUCUUGGAGUGUAACUAUUGCUACAGAACUUUCUGCUGCUGCUACUAUCAUCAAUUGGUGGAAACCUGUCAUGCCUGAUGCGGCUUGGUCUGUGAUUUUUUUAGUUAUCAUUAUUGCCAUCAAUUUGGUGGGUGUUCGACUUUAUGGUGAAAUGGAGUAUUGGAUGUGUAUGAUCAAAAUCCUAAUUGUAUUAGUAUUUAUCAUCAUUGCUAUUUUGGUUACUUCUGGCGCUGUUGGGGAUCAUCAAGUGAUUGGUUUCAAGUAUUGGUCUGAUCCUGGUGCUUUUGUGGGUGGAGCUGUUGGUACUGUAUCUGUACUUUUAUCAGCUGGUUUUUCAUUCCAAGGAACUGAAAUUGUUGGUAUUACUGCUGGUGAAGCGAAAAAUCCUACCAAGACAGUACCUCGUGCUAUUCGAAAUGUAUUUUGGCGUAUUAUUGUAUUUUAUAUCAUUACCAUCUUCUUGAUUGGUUUAUGUAUUCCUGCUACUGAUCCUAAUCUUUCCAAUGAAACUGGGGAUGCUGCUACUGCUUCAUUUACUUUGGUAUUUAAACUUGCUGGUAUCAAUGCUGGGGCUGAUGUGAUUAAUGCCAUUAUUCUCACAAGUGUCUUGUCAGCCGCCAAUUCGGAUCUUUAUACCUGUUCUCGUACUUUACUGGGUUUAGCUAGAGAUGGAAAUGCACCUAUGAUUUUAGCUAAAACCAACAAAUAUGGUUCUCCUUAUUGGGCCGUGAUUGUAUCUUCUAUUCUUGGUUUUUCUUGUGUGUUUGUCUCCAUCUAUUCUGCAAGUGUUGGUUUUGCUUGGUUCUUAUCCAUCACUGCAGUAACUGGUUUCAUUAGUUGGUGGGGUAUUGCUGUUAUCCAUCUUCGCUUCCGUCGUGCUUAUGUCAAACAAGGUCGAAGUGUAGCUGAUUUACCCUAUAAAGCUAUCUGGUAUCCUUUUACUCCUCUUUUUGCUGCUAUCCUUUGUUUUUUGAUUGUUUUCGGUCAAGGUUAUACCGCUUUCACUCCUACAUUCUCGGUGGAAAAAUUCUUCUCUAAUUAUAUAGGCAUCUUACCCUUCUGUCUGUGUUACAUCAUUUACAAGAUCGUGAGACGUUCCAAGGUGGUACCUUUGGAUGAAUGUGAUUUUGAUACUGGUCGCGUGACUCGAAUGGAAAUUGAAGUGGAAGAUGACGAAGAAAAGAAUUUACCUUGGUACAAGAAGGCAUUAAAUAUUAUUUCUUGAUUGUAGUAUAGUUAUUAUUAGUUUAGAGGUUUUUUUUUGUAUUUGACCUUUUUGUAUUUUAUCUGAAAUAAAGC